AUGGCUUGCCGGUCUGGAUGCUGCUGCAACAGCAUCGGCAGCUUCAAUGAAGACAAUGCGAGGUUUCUGAUGCUGGCUUUGCUGAUCAUCAUCUACUUGCUGUGCGGGGCAGCGGUGUUUUCGGCGCUCGAGCAGCCGAAAGAGAAGCUGGCCAAGGAGAGAUGGGCUCAGAGGAUCGAGCAGUUCACGAACAAGUACAACCUGAGUCAAGACGACCUGAAGAACUUCUUGAGGAACUAUGAGGAGGCCAAUGUGGCGGGAAUCCGCGUGGACGCGACCCGCGCGCGCUGGGAUUUUGCAGGAGCUUUUUAUUUCGUCGGAACUGUGGUUUCAACUAUCGGUUUUGGGAUGACGACACCCGUCACUAUUGCUGGGAAGAUAUUCUUGAUCUUUUAUGGACUAAUCGGUUGUGCCGCCACCAUUUUGUUCUUUAACCUCUUCCUGGAACGUGUCAUCACCGUGAUUGCAUUUGUUUUGAAAUUCUGCCAUGAGCGCAGAGAAAGUCGAAAAGCAGGCCCGACUCAAAACUGCCGUCGUCCUUCCACCGACAACAGAGACAGGCGCACAGACAGCUUGGCCGGCUGGAAACCUUCAGUGUACUGUGUGAUGCUCAUCUUGGGAGUUGCUGCCAUCUUGGUCUCCUGCUGUGCAUCUGCUAUGUACUCGGCAGCCGAGGGUUGGGACUACCUGGAUGCCCUCUAUUUCUGUUUUGUAGCUUUCAGCACUAUUGGUUUUGGGGAUAUGGUGAGCAACCAGCGUGAGAUAUAUGAGGCUCAGGUGGCGUAUAGGGUGGGCAACUUCCUUUUCAUCCUAACAGGGGUGUGCUGCAUCUACUCGCUGUUCAACGUUAUUUCCAUUGUAAUAAAACAAGUUCUCAAUUGGCUUCUUCGGAGAUUAGAGACUCCCUGCCAUUGUCCAGGCCGUGGGAAUCGCCAUCCAAGGAGGAAUGCUGUCGUCCCUGGCCACAUGAGAUCCCGGAGGGAAAACUCUAUCGAGACUGAUGCAGUCAAUGACAGUGAGGCAGAUGGACGGCGGAUGUCUGGAGAGAUGAUCUCCAUGAAGGACUUCCUGGCUGCCAAUAAAGUUAAUCUGGCCAUCAUGCAGAAGCAGCUGUCAGAGAUGGCCAAUGGACACCCUCGCCAGUCAGGGAGCAGCUCACGGCACAAUGAAUUCUCCGGAGGAGUCGGAGCACUGGGAAUCAUGAACAACCGACUGGCUGAGACCAGUGUAGACAGAUAA